UCUUACAGGAAUACGAUUGGAAUGCCAGACAAAUGUCCUACAUAAUAAGUAGUGCCUUCUGGGGAAUGAUAAUUGGAGUUCUACCGGGCAGUUAUUUGUGUCAAAGAUUCGGUUCAAAAUUCACAAUGAUGAUAUCAAUUUUGGGAUCAUCUUUAUUUGGAAUUAUUACACCAAUUUGCAUACCUUUAGGCGGAUGGCCUAUCUACUCUGGCAUACGAGUUAUUCAAGGCAUAUUUCAGGCAUUCUUCUUUCCAUGUGUUGCCCAUCACUUGGCCAAAUGGUCACCAAUUGAAGAAAGAACACUAUUGUCAGCUUUGAGUCUAAGUGGUCUAACUAUCGGUACGAUUUUAGCCAUCAGUGUUUCAGGGUUUAUUGCCAAAUCAAGUUUAGGAUGGCCAGGAAUUAUGUAUGUUUCCAAUGGAAUAGGCCUCGUAGUGUGUUUGUUUUGGAUGAUUUUCGCUGAUAACACUCCGAUGACUUCGAGAUUUAUUUCUGAAGAAGAGAAAUAUUAUAUUCUUUCAUCGCAACAAAAGAUCGAAGAAAAAUCUAAGCAAAUUGCAGUUCCAUGGAAGGCGAUUUUUACUUCUCGUCCUGUUUGGUCACUUGUGAUAGUUCAGCUCACUGAAACUUGGGGACAUACAACAGUUUUGUCCCAAUUGCCCUUGUACAUGAAUGGAGUUCAUAAAUUGAAUAUUACCAGCAAUGGAAUUUAUUCGGCUUUGCCAUAUUUGGCAAUGUUUUUUAUGUCAUUUGUUUAUCUCUUUUCUGCUGGUGCAAUUAUGAAAAAGAACAUCGUAAGUUUAACAGUUUUGAAGAAAAUAAUCAAUACAAUGGCAAUGUGGAUUCCGGCAGCAGCUCUAAUUGGGGUUGGAUUUUUAGAUGAGAAUCAAAAACCCUUAGCUAUUGUUUUGAUGGUUUUAACUGUUGGUUGUAAUGCUGGUGUAAAUGUUGGCCAAGGAGUUAAUUCUAUUGAAUUGUCACCAAAUCAUGCAUCAACUAUAACAGCAAUUAUAUAUUUUUUAGUUGGUGUUGUGGGUUUUUCUACUCCAUUAUACUGUGGAUUUAUUGUUAAUAAUCAGGCUGAUCAUCAACAAUGGCAAAUUGUAUUUUUAACUUCAUCGCUGAUGUAUUUCUUUGGAAAUUUGCAGUAUUUAUUUUUUGGUACGACAAAAACACAGCCGUGGGAUGAUGAAAAUUUUUUGUUACAAAAGGAUGAUAGUGAAAAUCCGAGAGAGUCCAAGAAAAUUUAA